ACAAUUGGCUCGUCCGGCACCAGCGCGAAUUAAUAUUCAAGAUGGUGGUAAGGAUCCUAUUAAUUUCGGGCCUCAUAGCCGUCGCAUCAGCGGCGGUGAAGCUUCAAGAAAUGUAUUCUUGGAAUGUGUUGGAUUGGAAUUAUCCUGACCAAUACUUAAAGCAGCAAGCUCUUCAAACUGGUGCGCUCAUCCCACAAAAUGCUCUCCCCGUCGGUAUCGAGCGCUGGAGGAACAAGCUGUUCGUCAGCGUGCCCAGAUGGCAACCUGGUAUACCUGCUACCUUGAACUACAUUCCUUUAGAUGCACCCUAUGAACCUUCGCCUAAGUUGACUCCCUACCCAAGUUUUAAAGGGAACGAACUUGGCAACUGUGAGAGCGGUCUGACUACAGUCUACAGGGUCAAAGCUGAUAAAUGCGACCGACUUUGGGUUUUGGAUGUUGGCACUUACGGAUACGAUCCUAACGUGACAAAUGUUUGUCCUUAUUCUUUAAACGUAUACGACUUAAACACUGACAAGCGUAUCAGGCGAUACGUUUUCCGACCUGAAGACAUCGUCUCUACAACUUUCAUCGCAAACAUAGCUUUAGACGAAGGACUCACGUGCGAUGAUACAUUCGCCUAUUUCUCGGAUGAGCUCGGCUAUGGCCUCAUCGCUUAUUCUUGGGAACAAAACAAAUCGUGGAGAUUUAGCCACAGCUACUUCAUGCCUGAUCCUCUCGUUGGGGACUUCAACAUUGCUGGCCUUAACUUCCAAUGGGGCGCUGAGGGUAUAUUUGGUAUAACCACAUCUCCUAUGGGUCCUGACGGCUUCAGAACACUUUACUUCAGCCCUCUGUCCAGUUAUACUGAGUUCGCCGUUUCGACUCGAAUUUUAAGAGACGAAUCUAAAGUAACGGGAUCAUAUCAAGACUUUAAGGUCGUCGGAUCCCGCGGACGUGACACGCAUACCACUGCUAAAGUAAUGGACAGUACUGGUGUCCAACUAUACAGCUUAAUCGAUCAAAAUGCUAUUGGUUGCUGGAACUCUGCGUUCACUUUGAAACCACAAAAUACUGCUGUAGCUGAUAAAGACGAUGUCGGUCUUGUAUUUCCUAGUGAUGUGAAAAUUGACGAGGAAAGAAAUGUUUGGGUAAUAUCCGACAGGAUGCCCGUAUUUUUAGAAUCGGAAUUAAAUUAUGGUGAUAUCAACUUUAGAAUUUACGUUGCACCAUUAGAUAAGCUAAUUCAAGGAACUGUUUGUGAAACUCAAGCUCCCAGAAUUCAAGCGCCGGCAGCAUUUCCAAACUUCGCUCCACAAACACCUUUAUACAAUCCACGCCUAGAAACAAUUUCUCAAAUUCCACCACAGAUCUUCCUGCCAGCCACUUCUCCUAGGGCCUCAAAUGCUCCUUUAAGCACUUUAACUUCCCAAAACGUAAUCCCUAAAGUAUCCAAUUCAUUGAUAUUUUCUAAACAACCUUCCCAACCAUAUUUCAUCUCUUCAUCGCAGUCAGGUUUUGCAAAUAAAAACCCAUGGUGGCUGAAAGAUUACCAAGUGUAAAAUUUAGGUAUUUCUCAAUGUAAGAGAAAAUCUCCUGAAUUAUAAUAAAUUACAACCAAUAUUAUGUCGUAAAAUGUAAUAGUUUUAUCAAAGAAAGACAUUGUUUAAGGUGUGGUACAUACGCUAUAAUCGUCGAUAGCUUUUAUGUAUCAUUUUUUUAUGUUUACUUUAGUUUUAUAUAAGUGUUGUAAAUCGAACUUACCUAAUUUAUAUUUAUCGCGAUGCAUGUCAAUUUUGUAUCGAAGUUUGUUGUUGUAUCUGUUGAUGUAUUAAAGAAAAUUGAGUGUCCUAAUGUAUAUAAUA